AUGGCGGCGGCGCCGCCCUGGGGGUCCGGGUGGGUCCGGCCCCUGCCCCUGCCCUCCCGCGGCUGGUACCUCUCCCCCCGCGAGCGGCGGGAGGAGGACGGCGAGGAAGAGGAGGAGGAGAAGGACGAGGAGGCCGUACCACUGCUGCCGCCACCGCCGGGCAGCAGCUCAUCAAGUCGAGGUUCUUCCUUUGCUUUCUCAGUGUUUAACUUAAUGAACGCGAUCAUGGGCAGUGGGAUACUUGGCUUAUCCUAUGCCAUGGCCAACACAGGGAUCAUGGGGUUUAGUAUCUUGCUGCUGAUUGUUGCCAGCCUUGCUUCUUACUCUGUGUUUCUUCUGCUCAGUAUGUGCACUCAGACUGCUGUCACUUCUUAUGAAGACCUUGGCCUGUUUGCAUUUGGAUCAACUGGAAGGGUCCUUGUUGCAACUACAAUAAUUAUCCAGAAUAUUGGAGCCAUGUCAUCUUAUCUGUUAAUUGUCAAGUCUGAACUUCCUGGGGCUGUUGCGGGGCUUGUGAGUGGAGCCGAGAGUGGGUCUUGGUACCUCGAUGGGAGACUGCUGCUGCUGCUUACUUCAGUCUGCAUUGUUUUUCCUCUUGCCCUUCUUCCUAAAAUUGGCUUUCUUGGCUACACAAGUAGUUUAUCAUUUUUCUUUACAGUGUACUUUACUCUUGUGGUUAUGAUUAAAAAAUGGUCGAUCCCUUGUCCUCUACCUCUGACUAGUGCCAUAGAGAGUUUACAGGUUUCAAAUUCUACUGGGGAUUGUAAAGCAAGGCUCUUUCAUCUUUCAAAAGAGAGUGCUUUUGCAAUACCAACUAUGGCCUUCUCUUUUCUGUGCCAUACCUCAGUCUUGCCAAUCUAUUGUGAGCUCCAGAGUCCAUCCAAAAGGAGAAUGCAGAACGUAACUAUCACAGGAAUUGGUCUGAGUUUCCUAAUUUACUUCAUGUCUGCUCUCUUUGGGUACCUGACAUUUUAUGACAAAGUGGACUCUGAACUGCUACAAGGUUACUCCAGGUACCUGCCCCACGAUACCAUCAUGAUGACUGUGAGAGCAGCCAUUCUGUUUGCUGUGCUCCUGACAGUCCCUCUAAUCCAUUUCCCAGCAAGGAAAGCUGUGUUGAUGGUAUUUUUCUCUCAUCUUCCUGGGUCAUGGAUUUGCCAUAUCCUUGUCACCUUUAUACUGAAUGCAGUUGUUGUUCUGUUUGCAAUGUAUGUGCCAGACAUUAAAAAUGUAUUUGGAGUAGUUGGUUCAACCACAUCGACAUGUUUGCUUUUUGUAUAUCCUGGACUAUUCUAUCUUAAACUUAACAGAGAGGACUUUAUAUCACCACAGAAACUUGGGGCAUGUGCCUUGGUUAUUUUUGGCAUUUGUGUUGGACUUCUCAGUUUGGUUCUAAUAAUUUUCAACUGGGUUGAUCAGUAA